UUGACCUUCUGUAAAAAAGAAUUAUCUACGUUCAUAUAAUAGUGUAAACUUUAGACAGAUCGUUCGGGGACUAAUCAAGCAGACCGGAUUACCACGUGACAUCAAUUAUAAGGGUCAACAAAGUUGGAGUGAUGUGCUCAAUCAGCCAACCCAGUUCCUCUCAUGACAAGAAAUUAAAAGACGGUACUGGAACCAAGGAUGUUGAAAUUGACGAAAACCAGAAUGAAGCGCAAGCUAUAGAUUUAAAUUUGAAAGCGAAACAAGAUGACAUCAACUAUGUUUAUUAUUCAGAGAAUAUGCUGUCUCCAUUUCAAAAAGAAAAGUUGGAAUUUUACUUCAGAUUUUUCGAUACAAAGGGAAACAACUUUCUGGAAUAUAAUAAUAUCGGUGAAUUUGGAGAGAAAAUAUUCAAAUUUACGAAAUGGUCACCAACAUCAACUGCAGCUCAGGAAUUUGGAGAAGUUCAUGAGACAUUCUACGAAGUAUUAAAAGAAAAAGCUGGGGAAUAUUAUGAUGAUAAGGUAACCUUGUCAGAAUGGCUGGCGUUAUGGGAAGCCAUCAUACCAGGUUGUAUGAGCAUGAUGAACUGUCCAAUAUGGCUCCGACUACUCCCACGAUCUCUCUUCAGAAUCAUUGACAGAAAAGAAGAUAAUGUAAUUGAUGAAGAAGAAUUGCGUGAUUUCUACAUAGAACUUGUCAAUUUACAACCAGAAGAUGCCAAGAAAAUAGCGAAGAAAGGUUAUGAAGAAAUGACAGAUUAUGGACGAUAUCCAUUAAACUUAGAAGGAUAUGAACAGAUCUUUUCCAAUUUCUUGUUCGGGAGAACACCCUACGGACCAGGAAGAUAUAUAUUUGGUUGUUUUGAACAUAGAGUGGAGAGCACUAAAUUCAAGCUUAUCCAAAAUGCACCAGACAUUGAGGAAAAGGCUAAACAAAGACAAGACAGUGGUAGGGCAGGGAUGGGACAUACAGGGACAAGACGACCAAGCUUGACCAAGAAAAAAUCUCAAAAAUAAUAUUAGAAUAAUUAUGUAAAUGUAUGGUUUCAGGGUUAUAAAGAAAUGUUAUGAUAAUUUUGAGAGACCCUGGCGUAAGGGCCAACAUGUUAUAUUUUUACAGCAUAUCUCAAUUGAUGAUGUUGUUUAAUGAAACCUGUAAUACUUGAACCAGGUUAGCAAUGCAGAUUACAUUAUAAGAAAUAUUAUAGAAAAAAAAAAUUACCCACAUGCAUGUAAUAUAUUUUAUUGAUAUAGUGGUUUUCUGCUAGAAAAUAAACAAUUGGCCAAAUCGUGUAAGUUGUAAUAAGAUCAGACAAAAACAAAUAUAUCCAGUAAUGCACUGAAACAAACACUUACCCUCUGUUUUACACAUAGACAUUGCACAUGACAUAUUUCAUUGUAAGAUGUGUUUUAUUUUGUAUACAAGUCCUUUAUAUUUCUCAGACCUCAUUUUGUAUUUGUUUUCAAGUUAAUAUGGAAGAGUUGUGAUCUUUAAUUGUUUAAAAUAUCAUGCCUCAGUAGUUUUAUAUGCACACGUUGAAUGGAGCUGUAAUUUGAUAAUAAAAGUUAGAAAUUAUUUUUUACAAGCAGUAUAUAUAUACCAUUGAAAUUUCAUGCAAAUCAAUAAUUAUGGAUAAAAGAAAGUCAUCAAUAUAUAUUUAGUAUAUUUAAGUUUCAUUGCAAGCAAUUUGAAUAAGAUGAUGAAUUUUCAAUGAUAUAUUUUUACUGCUUUUGACCUGCACUAGAUAUCUAUCUACAUUUUGAAGGAUAUAUUGUGAGAUAAUGCAUUUAAUGAUCACACAUUUAAUUAAGAUUGUAUUGUACUGUUACCAUAGUUUCCCUUUUUUCAUUAAAAAAAAUCAAAAUGUGGAGAUUUGAAUUUCAAAAAUAUAUGUGAUUGCCAUAUAUAGUAAAAAGCAACACUUGUUAUAUAAAAAUAAUAAUUUUUAGAAGAAAGGGUUAACAGUUUUACACUACCUCAAGGAACUAAUCUCUUGUGAUGCAGUACAUAGGAAUAGUACCUGAAAAUUUCUAUAUUGUUCUCAGACUGCAUCUCUACACAUAUUUCGAGUUCUGUAGUAUUGCACUGAGUAACCUUUUGUUUUUGCUUACAGACCUAUAAUAACUUUUCCAAAACCAUUUCUUUUGAUCAAUAAAGGUAUUUAUUUUCUAUCAUGACACUACAAAUUAUGCGGAAAUUUGUUAUUUCAAAUGCAACAGAACUCGAGAUUGUUGUAUUUUUUUAAGUAUCAUUUAAAAACUUUUUCAAUAUAUUUGUGUUUGUUUUUGUUAUAUAUCUAUAUUAAUUUGUAUAUGCAUAUAAACGUUACAUUAUAUUAUUUUGUUCAUUAGCCUUUCUUAAGAUUUAGUUUUCAAAGUCAAUUUCAAAACUGUAAUACAAAGCAGGUUAUCCUCUUGUCAUGGGAAUAUUUUUAACAUGCAAAAAAAGAAUGCAAGGGGAUAUUUAUUUUUAGAGGUAAUUUCCAAAUGUUCGUAGAUUAAGAAUUUGCAAGCUUGCUCUGUUUGUAUAAAUGUUUGCAAUUAAGAUUGACAUCUGCAAACAAUAUAAAAAGGCCGAGUCAAACCUAUACAGAUCAGUUAACAUUAUAUUCAGAUUUGAAUUGACAUUAUUGAAUAACUAAAUUUAAAACUAUCAACAGGUUUAACUCCGCCUACGGACUUUGUUUGUAGAAGUCAGUCUAAGUUAAAAUGCUUGAGCAAACGUCUGUACAAACACAAACAAACAAAGCAAGCAAGCCAACCAAAAUCCUAAUCUACAAGCAUAAAGAAAUUAGCUCUAACAAAAAAUACUUUAUUUCUUUAUAUAAUUCAGUUUGUUUGCAAGUAUAUUUGAAUCAAAAUAUGUUACAAAGUGAAUACAUAUACCGUUGAAAGAUGGAAUCGGAAUAUGAGUUUUGGGAAAGGACCACUCAUUUGGUUUAGCAUUUAUAUUCGUUUUGUUUUGACAAAUCAGCAUUUGUGUCUGUUAUACAUUUAUUAAAACUUGUUACUUGUCA